GAGUGUGUGCCAACACGACGCGUGAAGGUUGUACCGUGUUUAUCAGCUGUCUCACAAUGACAUAAUGUAUGUUGCGAAGAGAGUGUGUAUAUUGGAUAUGAUUCAUGUUAUUCAAAUUCGCGAUACCUGCAAAAAACUUAAUUUUAUGAUAAUUUUGGUCGACCAUAUUUUCAGAAUUACGAAUUCAACGAUGAUAUUUUAAAGGUAAAUGUCAGUUCCUGGAUAAACUUUACAUUGGAGAACUUCGUUUUUGGUUUGUUGGAUAUGCAUUGAGAGACAGACAAUUGGUUGAAGAAACUAAACAUCGAACGGUUUAUAGGAAACCUUAUUUUGAUACAACUCAAUCUGUUUGUUGACGGCAAUAAGACGAACAAGAUGCCGAGAAACGGAGACGCUACUUCAUACUACCAACUUAACUCAAAUGUGCCCAUCAAAGCUCCAGAAGGUCCGCUCAGUGACCAAGUUCUGUGGACGAUCGCGACAAACCUCACAAACCGAUGGUACGAGCUCGCCUACGCCCUCAAUCUCCCCGACACCGAGCUCGCCCGCAUCGACCAUCUCUUCCCUCCACAACCCGAGCAUGACCGUCAUUUUAGUGCCCUGAGGGAUUGGCGAUUCAGAUCACUGAAACUCAUACCUCCCCACCAGGCGGCAAUGGAACUGUCCAAUAGUAUGAUGAAGCUUGGACGUAAUGAUUUGAGCAAUUUCGUCUUGUAUAAAUACCAGGAGGCGUUACAAUGUUCUUGAGUUAGUAUAAUCCUAGGCCUUUAUUACUUAAACGAGAAGUUAGUUUAUAAAGAGGAUAAAAUAGAAGACACUUUCACAAAAAGUAACAAAACUUCAAAAAACUGAGAAAUAGUUUAGAUUUUUUUCGGGGAGGUGCUCUUUUAAGGGUCAAUUUUAUUUUCUUUUAGCUUUGUAAUUUGAUCUGAAGCGCCUUGAGCAUCUAAUUAAGCUGGAAAGUCCGUUGUACAAAUUGAAAUUCUAUGUAUCAAAUUGUUAUGAUGAUGAUGACUAUUAUAAUUUUUAUUACAUUCAUUGAUCUUUCAUGCUGACUUGAAUUAUAAUGAAUUAAAGGUGCAAUAUUAAAAUACAUGACAACUGAGGGGAUCCUUAUAUAUUUUCGUGAAUAAUUUUGUCAAUGAUUUUAACCGACAGAUGUUAUAAGCUACUGAAAUUCGUUGCAUUUGAUUGGCUCAGAGCAAAUUAGUCAGUGAAAAUCAAUUGCAAAAUUUAUCAUCACGUUCAUGACAUGCUUUCUUGAAUGUUAAUUUGUAGUAAUUGGUUAUAUGUAUCUGUACCAUGUUUAUGUUUACAUGUUCAUGCUUUCAUAUAAAUGAUUAUUUUAUUAGGAAUAAUA